GACAUGACGAUCACCACUAACUUUCCAAUGAUGCGACCUUAUGCCGGAUAUCCCUUCCAGGAUCUUUCAUCAAUCCCAGGUCAAGGACGUGUCAAUCAAUUGGGAGGGAUCUUCAUCAAUGGCCGUCCAUUGCCGAAUAGUGUUCGACAUCAGAUCAUCAUGAUGUCUCAUCAGAAUAUUCGACCUUGUGAAAUUUCCAGAAAGCUUCGAGUGUCUCACGGCUGCGUAUCAAAAAUUCUGAAUCGUUAUCAAGAAACUGGGAGCAUUCGUCCCGGUGUAAUCGGUGGUAGCAAGCCACGUACAGCAACACCGGAGAUAGCAAGUCGUAUCGAAGAAUAUAAACGUGAAAAUCCUAGGAUAUUUCACUGGGAUGUGCGGGACAGGCUGAUCAAAGAAGGUAUGUGCGACCGUACGACAUUGCCAAGUGCAUCGGUUAUAUCGAGACUGAUUAGGGGAAAGGACUGCGAGGACGAUGCUACUGCAAAACUUGCCGACGGAAAAACAUCGGAAUCAGACGCCGAGAGUGAGCCAGGGGUCGUGCUAAAACGUAAGCAACGAAGAAGUCGCACGACAUUUACCGCCCAGCAACUGGACGAACUGGAAAGGGCGUUCGAGAGAACCCACUAUCCCGACAUUUACACACGCGAAGAGUUAGCCCAGAGGACGAAAUUGACUGAGAACAGAAUCCAAGUGUGGUUCAGCAAUCGUCGGGCACGACUGAGGAAGCAGAGUUCCUCGGCGUCUUCAUCGGGCUACUACGGCUCAGUGCCUUAUCCAUCAGCAACCGCAGCCACUUCUUACGUUCUCCACCCAUCGGCCAGUGGACACUCGCACGCAGCGACCGCUGCAGCUGCCGCUGCGAGUCUACCAGCACCUAGUCACUCGAUGCAUCUGCAAUCUCUGGGGCAGACCAUUUCGGAGACUGCCUUCACCUCUGGCCAAGAUCUCUACGGUUCGUCCCAUCACACCGCCAUACCCCACCAGCUAGCAGCGGCAAUGGCCGAGUCAAAUCGUCUCCCCUCAGCAAUUCCCCCAAGUCCCAAGUACGAAACUAAAUACGAAAUCCCCGCCUCCUACCCGCCCACAACCCUCUUUCCCCCAGUCACAACUGUUCCGAUAAGCCACCACGUGACUCACCAUCAAGUAUCACCACCAGUUACCGUGCCCUCAACGACUUAUCAACAGCCUGGCCACCAUCAACUCCCCCCAACCCCAAAUUCACUGGUCACGAUGAUGGGGCCAAACUCUGGUAGCUCUAAUCCACCUACUGAUCAGUUGACUCCCAGUGAAUUGUCCAUCGGCUCUGUAUCACCGAUUCAUCAUCCUGGUCAGCAUAUUCAUGCCCAGGGACAACAGCAGGGUGUGCAGGGUAACCAGGAUAACGAAUCAACGCCAUCUUGGAACUUGCCAAUUCCAAGUGGAUCUAGGGUGGGAUUGCCACCGACACCACCCACCAGUCUUCCACAAACGCAAACCCAUGCAUCUGGUAAUCAUCAUCAGGGCUUUGGACACUAUACCACUAGUGGGUUUCAACAGUCGGCUAGGCCGACCCCUACGCAUCAACCGUUCUACGGCUGGUACUGA